CAUUUUUCGAGUGAGAAGAAAUACAGCAGCGAAGCCAAAGUGGGACUUAACUGCCACUUGAGUACUUCGAUUUGGGUAGUAAUACAAAGAAUCCGAAGCGAGAGAAUUGUUGCAAAGAAAACACUCCGUGAAUCUGGUGCUAACGCUAUUGAGUGGCGUUGCAUUCAAAUCAAAGAAUCAUACGUCUGAGAAACAGAGUCUCGGUCUUGGGCGGAGUGCAUUUUUGUCUUUGGUUUCGCUUCCAAACCGAAAUUGUCCAUUCCCCACGGCAAGUCACAUUUUGUUCUAUCUUCCCACUUUGGCAGUGCAAUCACGACUUGACUGCUGUGUGGAUUCGAUUCGGCGGUUGGCUUGUUACGGUAUCAGUUCUUCCAUUAAUUAAUUCGAACCUUUACGGCCGAGAAAACUGCUAUAGGCAAGAUGAGUACCGAAAGUUCAAGCAAAUGCAACGCAACGAGAAUGAAUCGCGAUCGCAUUAAUUCCCGCGACAUCGUCCGAUCCUAUAGCGGAUUGUUCGGAAGCAAUGGCGACAUGAUGCCCUUUGAACUGGCCCGUAAUGCACACACGGAUUGGGUAGAAAAGGGAGGAUUCUUGUUGCUUGGAACCUACGUCGGUUGCAUCUGCCUCUUCCAGAUCGUGGUGCUGGCUAUUUUUGACUUGUACAACGAUGCCGCAAUACUCAAACUGCACUGGAGCUGGACGGUCACCAAUGCGGUCCAUUGCUUGGUCACCACUCUCUACCUUCACUGGCUCAAGGGAAGCGCCUUUGACCAACACGGAGAACUUGCUGCCAUGACACUGUGGGAACAGUUGGAGGGACGUUCCCAGAUUCUAAACGUCAAGCGGAGCCUGUUUGUCGUUCCCACUAUCUUGUGCUAUGCGGCCUGCCAUUUUUCCAAUUAUUCCUUUGACGUCUGCGUCACAAACGUCAUUUUGUGGAUUGUCCAGAUGGCGGGGAAACUCCCAAUUAUGAAUGGUGUUCGGAUAUUUGGCAUCAAUCGAACGGCGGGGAUCGACGAUGACUGUGGUGGACACGAGAGCAGUCGCAAUGGCAUGGUCUCCGCGAGGAGUCGCCGCCGACCGGGAAGCAAACAAGAGUGAUGAAGAGAACAAGGCAUCGAACCAAAUCGGUUGAUCCAUUACCAUAUAUUUUCCAUCCAUACAACAUACGUGGAACAACAUCUGGACAAGAUAUUAUGAUGUCCAUCCAUUCUCUGUCCUUUGUGUAUAAACUUGAUCGCAUCGACUGUCUCAUUUUCGUCGGAGUUGCUGUAAAACUUCCGAGGUACUUCAUUCGCUUCACGCCAAUGAACAAGGCAAUGACGUGAGAAGAGUCCAACGGAGGGUGCGGUGCCUAUACGGGACUAGUGAGUGUCCGAUCCAUGUUUGGAUGGAGUGGGAAUAGUUCCUAUGUUUAUUUCUUUACGUCAAUGGACACAACCUCGUAUCAUUCACUGAUUCUGUUGUGAUUUGGGAUACAGACUCUCCCUUCAAUGGGAACUGAAUUGGAGGUGUCAAUUUGAAUUGAUGACACUGGCACCGAGAACCAAAGAAGAGACAAUUAGUAGUGAGCUACUGCCAUGCAAUUCGAAAACAAAUAUAUAUUUUGUGUGUGUACGAACACCCCACAUGCGUGUACAUUGUGUACAGAUGUUUUGUGCGACCACCCGAGUCCGACAGGCUAUUUGUCAUUGUUGUCCAAGCGGAAGCAACGAAUUCGUCGUUUUGGACAAUGAAUAGAUAAAAAUAUUUUUUAUCCACAGUGCGAUGUGAUGACAACUGGUAUAGGUUUAUUACAAACGUAGGUAACAUUCUCAGCGCCUUGUGCGAGCACUAUUUCUCUCAAAACAAACAGAUCGUGUGCAUCAAUGCAUUUUAUAAUUCAAUUAAGGCCACAUUAUCGAAUACGAAAUGUUGAAGCGAACGACUACUAUCUUUAUCGGAAAAUAAGAUGUUGAAAUAUCUCCGAGACGCAAUAAAAUGUUUUUAUGAUC